GAGUCCAAGUAUAAAAGCUGAAAACCGAGCGAGGCGUGGUUGUUUACCACUCUGUGCUUUGUUUUCCGAUCUGUUUGUGCGGUUCUUUGCGAUACCGAUAUGAAGAACUACCUGUUGCUUUCGGCCCUGAUGAUGGCCGUUGCAGCUCAAAACCGAGCCUACUCAAGCGGAUACGACCGUGAGUACACUACUCCGGUACCCAUUCUGAAGCAGAUCGAUCGGCAUAACGACGAUGGUUCCUACAGCUACGGAUACGAAAACGCCGAUGGAACCUACAAAAUCGAAACCAAGUACCCGACUGGGGAAGUUUAUGGAAAGUACGGCUACAUUGACGACACCGGCAAACUAAGAGAAGUGGAGUAUGGGGCGAGCCAGCGCGGGUUUGAGCCAGCUGGAACCGAUGUAACAGUAGCUCCACCUACACUCACUCAGAACGCGGAGGCGCAGCGCCCUUUGGGCCCCAAUGAGGAAGAUGAUGGGCAGUACCGCGAGGAUCCGGCUGUAUACUACAAGAACGACCCCAAUUACGUUCCCAAAGCUCCCUCCUACAACUCCUACGCUAGGCCCUCGUUCCAGAUGAGCUACGCGCCCGCUCCUACGCAACCUCCUUACUCUGCCCCUGUUAAGCCGACCUACGCCCCCUUCAACCCCCCAGCUCCUACCUAUGCCCCCUACAGCCCCCCAGCCCCUACCUACUCGCCCCCCCAGUUCAAUGACUAUUACAAUAACAGGGUCAACAACCCCAUUCCCACUCCAGCUCCCCACUCCAACUACGCCCCCCAGAUGUCCUACUGGAACCCAUCCCCUCCAGCAUAUCCAGGCUACAAUGCGUUCCAGGGCAGCCCCGCCCAGAAUGUGGACAUCUGGAGCGGAAGCUACACGGUGAACUACCGAAGGUAGUUCCAAAUAAACUUAGCAUAGAUAAUAGUUUAGGGGUAAUUUAUCGAACGAAGCCAGGAACUGCCGCCUUGGAUUGUACCUACGCCGAUCUAGUUUAAGCUUAGUCACUUUGUACAAUAAUUGUAGCCGCGGUUUGAAAGCAAUAAAAACAAACAAGCGACAAA